GCGGGGUGGCCGCGGGCGCAGCCGCGGUGCGGGGCCCAUGGCGGCGGCGGCGGCGGCGGCGGCGGCGGGGACGGCGGGGACGGCGGGCGCCCAGGCGGCCGAGGGGCCCCCGGGGCCGGCGGCGGCGCUGGAGCUGUGGCUCAAUAAAGCCACAGACCCCAGCAUGCCAGAACAGGAUUGGUCAGCUAUCCAGAACUUCUGUGACCAGGUGAACACUGAUCCCAAUGGCCCAACCCAUGCGCCCUGGCUGCUGGCUCAUAAGAUCCAGUCUCCACAAGAGAAAGAAGCUCUUUAUGCCUUAACGGUGCUGGAGACGUGUGUGAACCACUGUGGAGAGAAGUUCCACAACGAGGUGGCCAAGUUCCGCUUCCUGAAUGAGCUGAUCAAAGUGCUGUCCCCAAAGUACCUAGGGUCCUGGACCACAGAAAAGGUUAAAGGAAGAGUCAUUGAAAUCCUCUUCAGCUGGACAGUCUGGUUUCCAGAAGACAUUAAGAUCCGAGAUGCUUAUCAGAUGCUGAAGAAACAAGGAAUCAUAAAGCAAGACCCUAAACUACCAGUGGAUAAAAUCUUGCCCCCACCUUCUCCCUGGCCCAGGAGCUCCAUCUUUGAUGCUGAUGAAGAAAAGUCAAAGCUUCUGACAAGGCUUCUGAAGAGCAGCCACCCUGAGGAUCUGCAGGCUGCGAAUCGGCUGAUCAAGAGUUUGGUCAAGGAGGAGCAAGAGAAGUCAGAGAAGGUGUCCAAGAGAGUCAGUGCCGUGGAGGAAGUGCGGAGCCACGUGAAGGUGCUGCAGGAAAUGCUGAGCAGGUAUCGCAGGCCGGGACAGGCUCCGCCAGACCAGGAGGCCCUGCAGGUUGUGUAUGAGAGGUGUGAGAAGCUGCGGCCCACCCUGUUCCGGCUGGCGAGUGACACUGUGGACGAUGACGACGCACUAGCGGAGAUUCUCCAGGCAAAUGACCUCCUCACCCAGGGGGUUCUGCUGUACAAACAGGUGAUGGAGGGCCGUGUCAUCUUUGGGAACACAGUGACCAGCACAGCAGGAGACACACCUGACUCCAGAGUCUUGCAGAGUCCAGCAGCCUGCCCGAGGAGCUGCCUGAUCGACUUGGAGCUGGACAGUGAGUCUGAGCAGGCUGGGCCUGGGGCACCGUCUCUGCUUCAUCAGGACCUGGCAGCCUUAGGAAUCAGUGAUGCUCCAGUUACCAGCAAGGUUGCCGGGCAGAGUUGCUGUAAGGAAAAGAGGAAUCCUGCAGGCACACUGCCGGGUGGCGGUGUUCAGAGCCCAUCAGCAGAGAGGAGUGUGCUGGACCUCCUCUCCCCACAGCCACCUUCGGGCGCCCUGAAUUAUAUUCCACAGAAAAAUAUCCCCAAGGAAGUUCCACCAGGGACUAAGUCCUCUCCAGGUUGGUCCUGGGAGGCUGGCCCAUUGGCUUCGUCUUCCUCUUCUCAGAAUACACCUCUGGCUCAAGUGUUUGUCCCUUUGGAGUCUGUUAAGCCCAGCAGCCUGCCUCCGAUCAUUGUGUACGACCGGAACGGAUUCCGAAUUCUGCUCCACUUUUCCCAGACGGGGGCCCCUGGCCACCCUGAGGUGCAGGUGCUCCUGUUGACCAUGAUGAGCACUGCCACCCAGCCUGUCUGGGACAUCAUGUUUCAGGUGGCCGUGCCGAAGUCAAUGAGAGUGAAACUGCAGCCGGCAUCCAGCUCCCAGCUCCCAGCGUUCAGUCCUCUGAUGCCUCCAGCCGUGAUCUCUCAGAUGCUGCUGCUUGACAAUCCACACAAAGAGCCAAUCCGGUUACGGUAUAAGCUGACAUUCAACCAGGGCGGACAGCCUUUCAGCGAAGUUGGAGAAGUGAAAGACUUUCCAGACCUGGCAGUCUUGGGUGCAGCCUAACUUUUCUCAAGACACACCCUGCCAUUCAAGUGUAGGCAGUGUUCCUCGUGCUGUCUGGAUGGGACUGAUCACAGUGACUGAGUGCAGAGUGCCAGGAGUGCUGCCCUGAUGCAGGCUCCACAUGCCAGUUUCUGGCUUGUUUUGUAGUGUGUGUGUGUGUGGGUAUGUGUGGAUUUUUGUUACAUUCACACCUGCUACGAGCAUAUCUGUUUCUGUGUUUGGACACUGAUCUCCCAGCCUCAGGUGGGAUGUUUUAUAGCCAAAGCUAUUGUUCUCAUGAAUUACCUUUUCACUCAUCCACUCUGUGCCUUGUCAGCCUUUGAAAGUCUUGUUGCUCCCAGGUUGCUGCUCUCUGGGACUUUAAAAGGGACCUAGUGGGUCUUGGGGCAGAGAGUGUCUUCUGGGGCACUCUUUCAAGAGAGACCUGCCUCCAUUUCCACUAGAGAAUGCUGCUGGCACGUGUUCCGGAAGAUCUUCUAAAUGGAAUGCUUGUCACAUUGUUUUCCAGGCAAGAGGCUGCACUGACCAGAGGACCACACUGGUGGGCCAAUCAUGUUCUUCACCAUUGUGCCUUAGAAUCACCCACAGCUGGGCCUCACGGCAGAGGGGAACGCAGAACCCAGGCCUUAUUCCGGCCGUAGGUUCCAUGGGUUGUGCAGCCUGUCGGCCCUUACUCAGGACCCUCAUCUCCAUCCUCUGUCUUCACAGGCGUGUACUCAGAACCCUGUGUGACACAGUGCCAGUCAUUGUCAGUUGUAGCUAGCAGGCUCCCCUCGUCUGUUGCCUUCACAACCCAAGAUGAACUGUGAGCAAAUAGAUAUGAAAAGAGCUUAGCAGUGAUUUAAGUGGUGACUAAAUACAGAAAGUCAUUGAAUAAAUACCUGUGUAGCAAAUAUACUUUGUGGAGUUUUGAGUAAGUAGGAGGUGCAAAGCCCAUUGCAUUCAGAGAAGAUCGGCCCAAAGGGAACUGGCCUCUAUUGAGGACGGAAGGAAGACUUCAUGAGGGAUCAGGACCUCAGUCGUUCAGUGAAGACACAAGCCCCUGGGUCUGAACUGUGCUGGAAAGAGAUGUGGAUUUUUGUUACAGUCACAGUUCAAAGGAAAAUCCAGGUGUACAAUGAAUACUGAGCACCCACUCUGUGCUUGAUUUACAAGUCCUGCGUGGUCUGGUUGGUGGGUGAAGAAAGCUGACCCGGCUGAUGGCCUGAAGAAGGACUGAAGUCCCAGCAGCUCACCGGUGUGGGCAGGAUUCUACCUCAGAAACUGCAAGGCUCUGUUUGGGGCUUUUUAUCACAAAAUGCGGCACUCCACAGCCUGAUCUUUCACCGUCUACAUCUAGUUGGAAAUCUGCCAACACUGAUUGGUGGGGAAAAGUGCUAUAAAAGAUCAAGGCAUGCUAAUUUUUAAACAUAUGAGAAAACUCAUAAAACA